CUAUUCUUAGGUGACUCUCCAACGGGACUGAACAGGCAAGGCACCAACCAGCCGAGCUUAGAGGUAGCUGCUACAAGAGCCACAGAAUGGCUUACAGCGUGACUCUGAACGGCCCGGGUCCGUGGGGCUUCCGACUGCAAGGUGGAAAGGACUUCAACAUGCCCCUGACCAUCUCCAGAAUCACUCCCGGCAGCAAGGCAGCCCAGUCACAGCUGAACCAGGGUGACCUGGUGGUGGCCAUCGAUGGAGUCAACACGGACACUAUGACCCACCUAGAGGCCCAGAACAAGAUCAAGUCGGCCAGCUACAACCUGAGCCUCACCCUCCAGAAGUCCAAGCGCCCCGUGCCAAUCUCCACUUCAGCCCCCCGGAUUGACUCCCCUCUGCCUGUGAUUCCCCGUCAGAAGGUGAUACCCAACUCUCCUGCCAAUGCCGACACCGCCGAACGCUUCAACCCCAACGCGCUGAAGGACUCGGCUCUGUCGACCCACAAGCCCAUUGAAGUGAAGGGGCUGGGGGGCAAAGCUACCAUCAUUCACGCCCAGUACAACACCCCCAUCAGCAUGUACUCCCAGGACGCCAUCAUGGAUGCCAUUGCUGGCCAGGCUCAGGCCCAGGGCAGUGAAUUAAGUGGUGACUCUCCACUGAUUAACCUUCCUGUUAAAGAUCUUCCCGUAGACAGUGCUUCCCCUGUGUAUCAGGCUGUGAUUAAAAGCCAGAACAAGCCAGAAGGUGAGACAGACGACUGGGCCCGCCGUUCAGCCAACCUGCAGUCUAAGUCCUUCCGCAUCCUCGCCCAGCUGACCGGAACGGAGUACAUGCAAGACCCUGAUGAAGAAGCUCUGAGGAGAUCAAGUACCCCUGUCGAGCAUGCUCCAGUGUCCACCAGCUCUGCCUCCGCUCCCAUGUCAGCUGCUUCCACCCAUCUGCCCGCUACUGCCACUCCCAAUGCAGUCCAUCUGACGUCACCUCCGGCCUCCACCUCUUUCUCCAGUCCCGACGACUCCCUGUCGCCCUCACUCCAAAGAGUGCUUGCUGCUCCCAGCUCUUCUUCACAGCCUAAGCCUUUUCCUGACCCUAAGAGUAUAUCCUUGGCGGCUUCUACCAUUUCCUCUGCUCUCUCUUCUCGGUCUAGACUCCUGGCUUCAUCCUACAGCCCGGCUUUUGCAUCUUCCCACGGACCCUCCACCUACAACGAGGCCCCGGCCCCCGCCCCGAAGCCCAGGAUGGUCACCACCGCCAGCAUCCGACCCUCCGUCUACCAGCCGGCUCCAGCUGCCAGCUACAGCCCUGCUCCAGCAGCCCCCUAUAGCCCUGCCCCCUAUAGUCCCUCCCCCUACAGCUCCCCCCCAGCAGCAUCCUACGGCUCUGCCCCCGGAGAGCCUGCCAGCCGCCCACCCUGGGUGACAGAUGACACCUUUUCCCAGAAGUUCUCUCCUGGGAAGACCACGACAACUGUCACCAAAAACCUGAUGCCCCGGGGCACCCCAGUCUCGUCUGCAGCUCCAGGCCCAGCCUACACUCCUUCGAGCACCCAGGUGCCCACUCUGACCAGGGGCACCUUCCAGCGGGCGGAGCGUUUCCCAGCCAGCAGCCGGACCCCUCACUGCGGAUUCUGUAACAGCAUCAUCCGGGGGCCCUUCCUGGUCGCCAUGGGCCGGUCCUGGCACCCAGAAGAAUUCAACUGUGCCUAUUGUAAGACAUCGCUGGCAGACAUGUGCUUUGUGGAGGAACAGAACAAUGUGUACUGUGAACGGUGUUAUGAGCAGUUCUUUGCCCCUCUCUGUGCCAAGUGUAAUACCAAAGUCAUGGGGGAAGUGAUGCACGCCUUAAGGCAGACUUGGCACACAACCUGCUUUGUCUGUGCAGCCUGUAAGAAGCCCUUUGGGAAUAGUCUCUUCCAUAUGGAGGAUGGGGAGCCCUACUGUGAGAAAGAUUACAUUAACUUAUUCAGCACUAAAUGCCACGGCUGCGAUUUCCCAGUCGAAGCUGGCGACAAGUUCAUUGAGGCCCUCGGACACACCUGGCACGAUACCUGCUUCAUCUGUGCGGUGUGCCACGUGAAUUUGGAGGGCCAACCUUUCUACUCUAAGAAGGAUAAACCACUGUGCAAGAAACACGCUCACGCCAUCAAUGUCUAAAGGAAAGGCUGGAAGCCAUUGGUGCUGGAGGAUGAUGGCUGAUCUGAAACCUGCUAAAAAGGAUAAACAGCUGAUAAUGUUUCUUACUGUUGGGGAGCGGGAGGGGGGCUAAAAAGCACUUGAGCUCUUGUGAAGUAUAAUUUUAGUCCUUUGUGGAUGCAGAACUUGCAUUUGCAUAGUUCAGACUAGAAGUCAAAGCAAGCUAGUAAUGAAUCCAAGACUAGAAUGGUACUUCAGAAGUUUGGGACAAGAUUCAAAGAGCUCAAAAUCCAAACACUAAAAGCAACUUUUAUCAAGUGUACUUUCCAUUGACUCCACCUGAAUAGCCUUAGAACUACUGUUAAUAAGAGCUCAAACUCAUUCUGAGUGUGCUACAUAUCCACAGCUGGCCAAAGAAUGAAAUUGCCAAAAAGGACUGGCUGCAAAAUAUUUUUAGAGCCAGAGCUGAGAGUUUGUAAACUAAGACAGAUCAGGCAUUCCUCACCAAAAAAGGAAGUAUUAUUCUUACAUUAAUGUCGCUGUGCUACCUCCAGCAUCAAACUUAAGACCUCUGAAUGAACCAAUGUGAGGCAUUCUAUUGAUAUUUCAGGGCAAAGCAGUGGCCAGGAUUCAGAGAAACUUUGACUACUAAAAGCAGGAGAAGAGGGGCUAUUCUAGGAGAGUGUGGGUAAUGGAAAAUUGAUGAGUGAAGGGAUCAUGGCAUUUAUCUAGCCCACACGAGACUGAGAAAAGUUGGGCUCUUCAGUUAACCUCUUUCAGUUCAGAUCCCUAUGCUCAUAAGGCUUUUCUUAUUUUCUAUUUGGUGUGAAAAACUGGAAUUGGCUUUCACUGAUUUUGCUCUUUGUCGGGCGAGGGAAGGAAAUUGAGAAAGACUUGGGUUUUGUUUUGGUGCCUUGCCAGUUCUGAUGGGUUUGUGGGCAGAGUUGAGUUGGCUGUGCCUCACUUCCCGUUUGCAGGUCAGCACGCGUUAUCUUUCUUAGAGCCCUUUAUUGGACGAGGCGAUCCGAUUUUGAGUCGCCAUCACUGAGAUGGAGCAAACCUGGAGUCUUUACCAACUAGUAUGUCAGAAUGGUGUUUGCAUCCAGUGAAAAGAGAGGUCUUAAUUUCUGCAAAACGCAGAGAACACAGAAAAGACAGAUUAGAGGGCAGCACCAUCACUGUGAUUGAUUGCAUUGUAUGGAACGUGUUCUACUCUGAAGAUUUGUCGACUACUGGAAAGGAUAGGCAGACUGAAGUUUAGCUUGUGCUCAGAUAUCCGGUUUUAAAUAAUUUUGAUCUAGCAAGUAUUAUAGCUUGGCCUGUGUGGUGAAGAACAAUCCAUAUUCUUGAUAGUAGCAGUAGCUUAUUAUUUUCAAAUUUCUUUAUAAGCACACUAUGAUUGUUUUCUAUGUGAGAUAGUGCUUUAAAAUGGCUCUGCAGUGGCCAAGAGUUUGGCUUUAUUUCUGAGUGUGGAAAUUUCACUCCAUUUUAAAAGUGCAUCUAUUUUUUUUUUGGAAAGUGUUCUUCAUGCUCACUGAUGAAGUACAAUAGCAUGAACAUUUUUCAUUUAUGCAAAACAAUUUGACAUCUACGCCAAUCUCUUUUGAAUUUUUUUUAAGUAAUUUAAACGUGGCAAAGUGGAAUCAGGAAUAUCUGUUUCCUUUCCCCCCAAAGUAGUGCUUGUCUUGGAAAAGUAUCUUUCUUGGCUGUGUUUAAUUCUCCUGAUGGGAAGUCAAAAUCUAAUGCUAGGAGUUGUUUCCUUAAACACCAUCCAAAAGUUGUCGGAUGGGCAUAUAUUUUGAACUUUGUCCUAUGAACUGCCAUGAAACCAACACACUUGUCUUCCAACACAGAACAUGGAGGAAAGCGUGUAAAUAUGCACAUGCUGCUUAGUCAUAAUGAGGCUCUUCGUUUGUUUAGCACUAACAUCACGACUGUAAAAGCAGUUUAUUUUCAGACUGAAUAAAGAUUGCCUAGUCAUGGCAAGCAGUUUUUUCAAGGGUCUAAUAAGACUGCUAUACAGUCAUUUUUUAAAAAUUAAUAUAUAAAGACAAGUAGAUUCUUAGAACUCAAAAAGUGAAAUGUUGUGUAGUUAAAUAGGUAAGGAAUU